AAAAAAAAAGGUUACCCGUUACUCUUUUCCCUUACUUUUUUACUUUUUUUCUUUUUCAUUUAUUAUCUUCAGCAUCAAUUUAUUAUCCGACUAUGAAUCAAGGUCGAAUACUUUUUCAACAUAAAGUAUUACCAAAGAGAUCACUGCUUUCAUUUUCACACUCUUAUACAACAAUAACAACUCGUAAAAACAAGAGUCUUGUACGUCGUAUCAUCAAUGGUGCAGCUAUCGUUACCCUCUCUACUACGGUAACAGUUGGCCUCGGAGGUACUCUAUUGUAUAACACAAAUGAUAAAUUUCGUCAUGUCAUGAACGCAUUAGAACGAAGUGCCAUUGCAGGCACUGUAGGAGUUAAAGUUGCUCUGGAUUAUCAACGUACACUUUCAAGGGAAUACAGCGAUGAGAAAUGCUAUAGAGACGCUAAAAGAGCUUGCCAUCAGCGUUGCGCUGAGAGAGUACUUGCUGCCAUUCAGCGACUUGGUGGUGUCUAUGUAAAAUUAGGACAACAUAUUUCAGUAAUGCAAUAUCUCUUACCAAAUGAAUGGUGCCAGACAAUGCGUGUACUACAAGAUCGAUGUGAUCCUACUUCUCCUGAAGAUAUUAGAAAUUUAUUUAUAGCUGACCUGGGAUUACCAAUAGAAGAAGUAUUCGAUGAGUUUGAUUGGACCCCCCUGGGUGUAGCAUCAUUAGCACAGGUCCAUCGUGCUCGAUUAUCGGAAAAGAGCAUUCAGAUUUUAAAGGAAAAUCAUCAAGAUGGUUGGGAUGAUGGGAAUGAUCGUUGGGUUGCUGUGAAAUUACAACAUCCCUAUUUAGAUGAAUAUUGUCAAUUAGACAUGGAUACUGUUUCCUUUAUUUUUGAAAUUAUUAAACGUGUUUUCCCAAAUUUUGGUUUUGAAUGGUUUGCUGAAGAAAUGAGAGAAUCUAUUCCUAAAGAGUUAGACUUUAUUCAUGAAACACAAAAUGCUCGAAGAGUGGAAGCAAACUUUGCAAAAGAGAAAUCAGAUCAUCGUACCUCAUUAGUUAUUCCUAAGGUCAUUUGGGCAAAGAGAAGAAUUAUGUGCAUGGAGUUUAUUCAUGGUUCCAGAAUAGAUGAUAUAGAUUAUAUGAAAAAGCAUAAUAUUGAUCCAAAGAAAGUAUCUGCAGAGCUUACUCGAGUAUUUUCCGAAAUGAUUUUUUUGCACGGCUUUGUUCAUUGUGACCCUCAUCCUGGAAAUGUUUUUAUUCGCCCCACUACUGAUCCAAAGCAUUCAAAACAUAAUUUCGAUCUUGUUUUACUUGACCAUGGAUUAUACCGAGAACUCUCUGAUCAACUUCGAUCUGAUUAUGCUCAUUUAUGGACAUCAUUAAUUAAAGCAGAUGAGGAUGGCAUUCGUGAAUAUUCCCACCGUGUAGGCGGUACUGAUAUUUACCAAUUGUUUGCAUGCAUGCUCACUGGACGUGAAUGGGAUAAAAUCAGUCAAUCUGAUUUAAAUAGUGUUCGUGAGGUAGAUGAAGUGGGUCGUAUGUCUGAAGGAGCACUUAGGUAUUUAACUGAGGUAGCUGAUAUUCUUGGUAAAUUGCCACGACCUGUUCUUUUACUACUCAAGACGAAUGAUCUUUUACGACAUGUGGAUGAGAAACUAAAUACAAUUGCUGAUGAUCGAACGACAUAUAUUAUUAUGGGUACCUAUUGUUCGAAAGCAGUUUGGCUAGAUACCAAGAAAUACAUUUUUGAAAAACUUCACUCUGUUGGAUUUAGUUUUAAAUUAUUUAAACAAUUAUUUCAUGCUUGGUGGCAAUAUAAAUCACUAGUUUAUGCUUUGUGGCUUUAUCAUGUUAGUACAAAACUGGCUGAAAGAUUGAACUGGGCGGAAAGAAAAUGAAAAAAAAAAAUACAGAAUUAAUAGUAGAAGGCAUAAUAGAAACUCAUUUAUAUGAAUAGAAAAAAAAAAAAGUUUUUAAUUUUAUUACGUAAUAAAUAAUGAACCCC